AUGCCCAUAAUUCCUAAAUAAUAUCAAUUUCAGGUGGAAUGUCCAUAUGAGAAAGUAAACUCGAGUUGGUUUAAUAGAACCAUCAACCCCUGCCCUGGCUUAUAUCAACCCAUCUGUGGCACCAAUUUUAUAACCUAUGAUAAUCCCUGCAUCCUGUGUGUUGAGAGCUUGAAAUCUCAUGGAAGAAUCGGGUUUUACCAAGUUGGAAAAUGUUGGCUGAAUGAACUUGAAUGGAGAAGAUCCCUUUUUUUUUUCCCUCCAUGUCUCCAAUCUUCUUCUUUCACUUUUUACAUCUAUUUGCAUUUGUUCUUGAUGACAAAGAGCUAUCACUACUGAGCUUGUAGCAGAUGGCUUCAAGGUUCCUUCCAUGGACCUCUCUUCUUACUGAUUCAUUGCCUUCCACAGUCUCCCUAAUAAAUAAACUUUUGUGAAAGUC